GGGAAUUCCCGUUUUUGGGAGGACAUGAUUGGCUCGUUAUCGGAGUCAAUCCAUACAAUAUUUCUAUCACCACCACCACUCUUGACCACCAAGACAUAUUUCAAUUCUCCCUAAUCCACUAAAACGGAGACUUUAUCAGACGAAAAGAAAGAGGGAACAAGAUGCUCCCCACCCCUUGCACCUCCCACGUCUCCUUCGACACCAUCUACGAACCCUCCGAAGACUCUUACCUUUUCCUGGAUACGCUCUCCUCCCCCACCGAAUCCGCCUGGCUCACGAACCACUUCUCCCCCUCUACAUCCUCACCAUCCCCUCUCCUCCUCGAGGUCGGUACCGGCUCCGGCGUCGUCCUCGCCUUCCUCACCGCAAACUCCCACCACAUUCUCGGCCGCACUGAUGUCCUCGCUCUCGGUACGGAUGUGAACCGCAAUGCAUGUCUCGCGACGAGACAGACAGUUCUGAAGGCGAUUGAGGAGCAGCAACAGCAACAACAACAACAACAAUCCCAAGCAACCUCUACAGAUGAGCCUGGCGCUCCCUCCAAGAAUACCUCAAUCGAAUCCCUAAUCUCCUCAACAUUAACCUCCGACCUCGCCUCCCCGAUCCGUCCCCACUCGAUCGACAUCCUCCUAUUCAACCCGCCGUAUGUGCCUACGCCAGAGUUACCGCGGUUACCUAGUAAGGAGGAUAACGAAGAAGAUAAGGAAGUGUCAAGGAGUGAGAAGUUCGAGAGGGAGUCGUAUUUCCUCUCGUUGACUUAUGCGGGGGGCAAGGAUGGGAUGGAGAUUACGGAGCGGUUGUUGGCGGAUAUUCCGAGGGUGUUGAGUGAACGGGGCGUGGCGUAUGUGUUGCUUUGUGCGCAGAAUCGGCCAAGGGAGGUGGUGGAACGGAUACAGGGGUGGGAUGUUGAUAUGGAAGGGGGGAAGUGGUGUGCUGAGUUGGUUGGGAGUAGUGGGGUACAGGCGGGGUGGGAGAAGUUGGUUAUUGUGAGGGUUUGGAGGGAUUUCUCUACUUCAUAAAAAGUAGUAGUAGUCUAUGGUUAUUGGUAUUAUUGUAUAGGUUUGGGGGGGUUAUAGGGAUGAUAUGGAUAGACUAAUGAGUGAUGACGAGAUGAUAGACGAGGGUAUGAUUGAUUUCUGCACAAUACUUCGUAUGAAGUGUGUAUAUUUCUGUUCUUCUUCGUGUGUUUGUGUCGCGGCCAC